CAGGUGGUGUUACUGCUCUUUCUCUUUUUGACAGAAAUUAAGAAAAGUAUCCUCUGCUGUUACUCUCUCCUCCUGUCAACCGAUGCUGGCCUGGCUGCUGCUGGGGUUGCUGGUGGUGGUUGUUCUCUGCAUUACCAACCGUCACCGCACGAGAGCGUCCUAGUGACGCGUGAAUAAUAUGAGCAUGCAACAUGAACGAGAAGUUCCAUGGAAAAAAAGAGUUGCGGACAGGAAGCCUGGGUUCUUUGGUACGGUGUGUUGUUUGUCAGGUAGGCUACGAAUGACGAGCUACCACUGUCUUUAUUGAUAUUGCCUAACUGCGAAUACCUAUUUAAACAUAACAGUUUUCAGCAUAAACUUAAAAAUAAAUAUAUAGGAAUGACGAUGGCAACAUCCAUGGCUGAUGGCUGUUGUUUUAGACUAGCCUACAGGCUUUUAAAGGCCUACUGGACGUGGGCCUAAUAACUCCUUCACAGAAACCUUAGAAAACUCUGACAUUUACAACCUAGGCCUACUAAUCUCCCUGGGCCCUUGGCAACAAUCCGCUGUUUGUGGUUACACACACACACACACACACACACAAAGUAACCUGGACACCUUCAGUUUUCCCUGCAGUCCUCAGGAUGAAUUCACACUUGACGCGCUCUAGAAUGAACGAUUUCCACGAGCAAAUUCGUUCUCUGACUGACGAGAAUGUGCAGCUUAGAGACAAAAAUGAACAGCUUUUCAGUAAAUUGGAUACUCUUCAGAGUAAACUGGGAACAAUAGGGGCCUCAAGGACCGACCUAUCUACCAAACUUGUGCUCAGUGAGGAGGAAAAACUAAAGAUGUCAAAAGAGCUUGUGGAAGUUCAGAUCAGGACGAAUAAGAUGCGAGAGCAACAUGAAGCUGACAACUUUGAAUUAAAAAAUAAGCUUUUGUCCCAAGAGGGUGUGGCCUUAGCUUUGGAGAGUGAGCGUGAUCGGUUAAGGCAGGAGCUCCAGGGAGCAUCAGUGCGGGCACAGGCUGCCGAGGUCAACAGCAAGGAGCUGGCGGAGGAGUACAGCACGCUGAAGAGGAACUUUCUGAGUAUGUGCGAGGCCUACGAGCGAGCUGCUACACACACCGAGCAGUUGAGCGCCGAGCUGCUGGCACUUGCUAACACCCAUGACACCCUGCUCCAGGAGAGAGACCAUGCCCAGCGACGCGCUCGGCAAAAGGGCGAGGAGGUGGAACGUGUGAGGGCACUGGUCAGCAGAGUUAGUCACAACAGAGUGAGGCCAGAAGAGCUGGCCUUGGGUCAGACCAAGAGCCCCCAGGAGAAAAAUCUGCUGGAUAAACAGAGCGAGCUGAAGGAUGAGCUGGAGAAAAUAAGGAAAGGUUAUGAAGAGCAACAACACAGACUUGAAGAGAAAGUGGUUGCCAUGGGGAAAGAGCAGGAGGAAAAUAAGAGAGCAAUCAGAAACACACAACACACACUUGCUGAGCAGUCUGUGGAUCUUCUGGCCUCCCAGCAGCAGCAAAAGGAGCUGGAAGCUGAAAACUCUCGGCUGCAAAAUCAACUGAAAGAACUAAACCAGGAGUACAGAGCCCGACUCCAUAAAUAUCUACAAGACCUAACAGAGUUCAUGGCUGGUUUGAGGGAGGGCUUAGACCAGAAGGAGGCAUCUUACUGGUCCAGGCUGCAUGGACAUGUGGAUGGGAUGUUGAAUGACAUGAGAGUGGCCUAUCGCAGGAGAGAGGAACAACUGGCCAGCGCAGCACGCAACUACCGCUGCAAAAUACGCACUCUCAUGAACACACACACAUCCCUGCUUGCUGCUUACAGGGUUCAGCGGGAGCAGAUCCUGUCCCAUGAGAGCUCAGGGCUGGAGCCUGGGCCCCCAGAGGCCCACUUCUCUCUCGGGGAGCACGAGGGGGAGGCUGAGAAAGAGUUACACAACCUACGCAUGGACAAAGCCCGUCUAGAGAGCCAACUCAAACAGACACAGGAACAGGUGUUACUCUCCUCCAACAUUUCUCAGCAGGCUCAGCUGAACGAUGCCGCCUGGACUGACAUCAGAAAACAUCUCCAUGAGAUCAGCAUCACAGCUCAGGAGAGCUGGGAGAGAGAGCGGGCUCAGCUCCUCACACAAGCUACCGUUGCUGAGGAACAGGUCUCAGAACUGCAAGAGUAUGUUGACAACCACUUGGGCAGGUAUAAGCAGGAGAUAACGCGACUGCGAGGGCUUCUGGGCUCGGGAGCUGGACGAGCGAGUAGUGCAGAGCUACCAAAGACACGCCUCCUCCGCCGCUCGAUCAAAAACACCAGCUAUGAGAUUUAAAGGAACCAUAUCAGGACAUUUCUCUGGAGGAAAUCAAGAUCACUGUGAAUCCCCUCACCACUGUCUCAGCAUUACAUAACUUCAGACCUUUAAAAAUGCCCAACAAAGGCUUGAGUACAAUGGAUGGGAACAGCUGUUGUUUAGUAGGACCUUUAAUACAGCCCAUGCAUGAA